AUGACUUCCGGAGAUAAUCCUCAUAUUGCUGUGUCUUUUUUUUCUAGAGAUCCUAUAUUAAAUAUACCAGAUGAUAUCUUUAAUAUUCCAACAUCAUCAGAUGUAGAAAAAUUAAAUCUCCUCAUUAAAACUGCUAUUGAUGAUUGUGAUAUUAACUUUAAUUUUAUUGUUGAUAAUACUUUAAUAACAACUACAAUAGAUAAUUAUUUGAUUGAAAGUGGUAAAACAAUUGAAGGAUGUUUGAAAGUUGAAUGUAUUGGUAAACAAAAUCCUCCCAGACCUGAUAAAGAUAUACCUCAUAAUGAUUGGGUUGGUGCUGUUAGAGUUACUAAUAAUUACAUAAUUUCUGGUACAUUUGAUGGAGUAUUAAAUGUUUUUGAUCAUAGUGGAAAAAAUAUCCUUAAGAAAGAAAUUACAAAUGAUCCAAUUAAAUGUAUGGUUGUUAAUAUUGAUCAAAAUAAUGAUAAAGUUUUGUGUGUUACUGGACAUCAAGAUCAAACAUUAACUCUUAGUGAGAUAACAAAUGAUGAAAAUAAAAAAGUUCAAUUAGCAACAGUAGCUAUUUUACGUGGUCAUGCUAGAUCAGUAGAUUGUGUUGCAAUGAGAAAUGAUAAAAUUGUUUCUGGAAGUUAUGAUACUACCUUAAAAGUAUGGGAUACAAGUUUAACAAAAAAUGUUUUUACAGAUAACAAUAAAGAAAAAAAACAGAAACUUACUACUGUUACAAAGACACCACUUGUAACAUUACAAAGUCAUAAAGAAGGAAUAUCUGGAGUUUCAUGGAGUAAUGAGAAUGAUAAACAAGUUGCUACUGUUUCAUGGGAUCAUUCUAUUAUACUGUGGGAUCUUGAAACAUCAACUGUUUCUUCAAAAAUUGGAUCAAAUAAAAGUUUCACUUCAAUUGCAAUGCAUCCUUCAAAUUCAACAUGCAUUACUGGUUCAGUUGAUCCAAUUGCCAGACUUUAUGAUGUUCGAUGUAACACUGGAGCUAUGGUUAAAUGCUCUUUCCAAUCUCAUAAAUCGUGGAUUAGUGCUGUUGAUUGGUGUAAAACAAAAGAUCAUCUUUUUAUAACAGCUAGUUAUGAUAAUUCAGUAAAGAUGUGGGAUGUUCGUGCUCCAAAAGUUAAUCUUUAUGAUCUUUUUGGUCACGAGGAUCGUGUUCUUUGUGCUGAUUGGAGUGAUUUUGGUAUUAUAGCUAGUGGUAGCGUUGAUGCAACUGUUAAAACUUUUAGAACAUAA